UUGACCUUGACAUUUUGAUGGAGUAUUUUGAUAGUGUGACACGGGCUUAUGUUUCAAAGAUUCCUUUGCAAGAAAGUUUGACCCCAAGAGUUCAAUUUCAACCUUUCCGAUUUCAGUGUAAACAAUUUAUGGCCCUUUGGAUCAAAUGUAAUUUGAAAAUUUCAAACUUGUUUUUUCUGAAACAGGAGAACGUCUCUUACCUCCUCCGCUCACUAGAGAAUGAGCGUGGAUCCAUGGAGCGAACAAGCAACGUACUCAGUCGAUUGUCAAAGAAGAGCAGCGAGUCAAAUGAUGUCCAACUGGCGUGGUCGUCUACAGAGUCACAUCCGGAGUGGUUCCAGCUUUCUGGACACCCGGAUUGUUUUGCGGUUGCAGGACCAGGCACUAUUUGGAAAAAAUGUAGCGACUCAACGGAGAGAGAUGUAUACGAAGCCUUGUCGAAAGAGCCCACGCUGAAAAAUGUGAUACCUCGGCAUCUGCGGACAGUAGAACAUGAUGGACAGACUUUCAUUGAACUUCAAGAUCUCCUUGACGGAUUUGAGGACCCCCAAGUGAUGGACAUCAAGUUAGGUGUGCGCACGUUCUUAGAAUCAGAAGUUCAGAACACCACUGCAAGACAAGAUCUGUAUAAAAAAAUGGUAGCGAUUGAUCCUGAUGCUCCUACCGAAGAGGAAAAGCAGCUUCAAGCAGUCACCAAACUACGGUACAUGCAGUUCAGAGAGAAUCAAAGUUCUACUUGCAGUCAAGGUUUCCGCAUAGAGGCUAUAAAGUUGAGCGGAGAGCCACCUCGAAGUAACCUACAGAGGGUGAAAAGUAUAGAGGACGUUCAAAACACACUGAAACUUUUCCUUCAGGAGAAGGAAAAAGCUCGAUCUCAAUUGGUCACAAUUCUCAGGAAUAUCAGGAAUAAGCUGGAGCAAACUCAGUAUUUUAAAACCCACGAGGUGGUUGGCAGCAGUAUUCUAAUCAUCCAUGACAAUUCGAAAGUCGGCGCUUGGCUCAUUGAUUUUGGGAAAACAAGGCCUGUACCGGAUGGACUAUCAGUCAAUCAUCGAACGCCCUGGACCCCUGGGAACCACGAAGAAGGCCUUCUCAUCGGCCUUGAUAACUUAAUAAACAUAAUAGAAAAUUUAAAACUAAAGGAAGUAGCCGUUCAAGACUAUGAUUAAUUUUUCAACUCAAGUAAAGCCGUCCUAUCAGUAUCGCCAAAUCCACCUGAAUUUCUACUUAAUGUACUUACUUCUGUAUAAAAUGUGAAUAGUUUUUGUAUGCUUUUUCAUAAAAAUACUUUAUUAAA